UCACUCUUUCCGUCUUAAUGUUUCAAUGCUUGAUUAAUUGUUUGAUGAUCGUGCUGGUUUCAGCUUUGCUCGAGCUCUUGAGUUGAAGAUGCGAAGCCUGAAGUUCUUUUUUUUUUUGGUCAGAUCGAAGCCUGCGUUGAAGUAUAGCAUUUUGUUAGCAUUUGUUUGUGGGGUUGUGCUGCAGCUUUAAUGUGAAAACUUACAUAUAUCAAAUGUUGUCGUCUUAAAUCUGCCAUGCUAUUUCGCAUUACGCCAAUUGCAGGACUUUCUCCUUAUUGGAAUUGAACCCUGUUAGAUUUUUUUACCUAGCAAGUGAUCUGUUAUCAUUCCCUAUGCUCUCCUGCUUGCUAAAUUAUCCUAUCUUGCCUUUUUUUGUUCUUUCUUCUGCUGAUCUCCACACAGUCAAGAAUGGAAAGGGUCUGAGAGGGGUUUCGUGCCAAGUAGUUGUUUUAUGUUGGAGGAUGGCCAGAGAGAGAUCAGAAAAGUGGUGGAGCUUCUUAUAUCUCGCUGGGCUAACAAUCUUCAAAGCUAAGUGGAGAAUAUGGAGAGUGCUCUCAAAGCAAUGCAGCAACGGAUAAGCUCAUUGGAGAAUGGUUUUCGGAAACUGGUGAAGGAAAAGAUCUAAAAUUGGUGGACACCCCUGUUUCUAGUCGUGUUAAAAGAGCUGCUGAGGGAAGUCGAUGACUUCUCAUAUGAUGUGGACAGGCUUUAAGAGUUACGGACUUAUUAAUGUGCAACAAGAAGAAUCUUAUGGUGAUAUAUCGUUGAAGUUGACUCCUACAUUUUCAGAGGCACAAAUUUGGUUUCACUUAUAAAUGAGGUCUUGGACCAAGCGAAAAUUGAAUCUGGUAAGAUUGAGAUUGAGGCUGUGCAGUUUGAUCUAAGGGCCAUAUUGGAUGAUGUCUUGUCCCUCUUCUCGGGGAAAUCUCAAGAAAAAGGAGUGGAGCUAGCAGUUCACAUUUCUGAAAAUGUUCCGCAGAAGUUGAUUGGUGAUCCGGGGGAGAUUUCGGCAGAUCAUCACAAAUCUUAUGGGGAACUCAGUUACACUAUUUGCUUAUAAUACAGUCAACAAACAGUUGUCGCAUAAGCCUGGGGAACAGCCAAAGCUUCCCCUUCCUGCCUCCUUAGUUGCAGGUGCCUGUGCUGGUGUGAGCUCAACAAUAUGCACAUAUCCUCUUGAGUUGGUCAAAACUCAACUCACAGUCCAGAGGGGAGUUUACGAUGGUAUGUUUGAUGCGUUCUUGAAAAUAGUGAGGGAUGAGGGACCCGCAGAAUUAUAUAGAGGCCUCACCCCCAGUCUUAUCGGAGUUAUUCCGUAUGCUGCCACCAACUAUUUUGCUUACGACACGUUGAGAAAGGCAUAUCGUAAGUUUUUUAAGGAAGAGAAGAUUGGGAACAUCGAGACCCUUCUCAUCGGAUCAUUAGCUGGCGCUAUUUCGAGUGGUGCAACUUUCCCCUUGGAGGUAGCUCGGAAGCAUAAGCAAGUGGGAGCAGUCAGCGGUAGGCAGGUGUACAAAAACGUGGUUCAUGCUCUUGCGAGCAUACUUGAGCAUGAAGGGGUUGGAGGUCUAUAUAGAGGUUUAGGCCCUAGUUGCAUGAAGUUGGUGCCUGCUGCUGGGAUAUCCUUCAUGUGCUACGAAGCGUGCAAGAGGAUUCUGGUUGAGGAUGAUAAAGAGGCGUAAUCACAUAUUUGACAAGAAGAAAUGCGAGGUCUUUUGCUAUGGGUCAUCUACAGAAAGAGUGGAUAAACAUGACUAUUUUGUAUACUGCGAUUGAAUGGUUUAGUUUAUGUUUUGUUCUUUUGCUCAUAGGAUUUCUUCAGAAUUCUUCAAGGAAGUUCUUGUUACCAAGGUUGGUUCUACAUGCACCCUCAAAGAUAUUUGAGGGGUUUACUUUUCUUUUGGAGUUCUGUGUGUUUCUAAAGAAGGUACUGGCAUGUUUUGAUAAUGUGAGUACUGCGUUUCAUGAGAAGAUGAGUUGGUAAGAGUCGAACCAAGAAAGAUGGCCAAUUUGUCCAACAACAUGCUAAUUGAGACGCAAUGUUUUUCACAGGAGCUACUUUGCGUGUGCAUAAAUCUCUUGGA